CCAGUGUGUAAGAGUUUAUAGAAGAUAGUACAUAGGCACAUAGUGCUUCUGCUGACAGGUGACAUGAAGCCUUCAAAUUACAGUUUAAAGGCACUUACCUGACCCUAGAACACAGGCUAGAACAGAGGGUCAAGUCCAAAAGACCAGAUAGCAUAAGGUUGCAGUGUUCCAGAUACAAGGCAAUUCUUGGAAUGUUUGGGGGAGAGAAUGGGGUUAAGGGACAAUCUGAGGAAUACAGAAGAUUUUCUCACUGGACUGGAUAUGACAGAUACUUAAAUUUCAUCUCAUGCAUACAUGAUGGAUUUUUCCAUCUUUGAAAUAUCAGGCCAUCAAGAGGCCACCAAAAUUAGAUGCUUAAAGUCAGGGCAGAAUAGUUGAAUAUUCUGGGGUUUUUUGUUUUUCUCAGUAAAAUAGAUGGGGCAACAAAAGUUCACAUAUAUUCCAAGUGAACUUGUGGUAAGCAGCUUUCAAAAGCAAGAGUGUUUUCAACAGAUUCAAAAUCAAAAAAGUAUUUUACUACCCAAACUACUGAAUUUAGUGGUAUAUCUAGUACCUGUUUUAUUUCUUAAAAAUCAGUGUAGCAGAUACUGAGUAGGUACAGUGAACAAGGAUGCAGCAUAUGUGUAAGGCAACUGACCUGUCAUUUCCCUCACAUUUAAAGAGACUAACAUGCAAAACAUGGUUAUUCUAAGUAUGGUGGGGAAGGAUUUAUAUCCCUGUGCUAAUAGUAACACUGAUCAGUGACAAUGAGGUGUAAUUUCAAGGACGGGUACAACUUUUUUUCAGAGGGAAGCUGAGGGCUCUAAAGUCAGAAAUGACAAGAACGGGCAGAAAAAAAAGUAGCUAAGGAUCCAUGUGUUUUGAGGGUGAAGAGUUUGGCACGGUAGGCCGGAAAGAACAGCCCUAAGGGUUUUGAGAGCCAAGCAUGUACUUCUGGUAGAAGAGGUGGUCAGCAAUAAAAUGCUAAGCAGUACAUGGAUGGGACCAGUUAGAGCUGUGGUCUCCAACUAUAGUUUUUAAUUUUGGGGUCGGGGAGUGCCAGGAAUGGAACUGAAGGCCUUGGGCUUUCCAGGGAGGCGCUGCGCCUCUAAGCUACCUCCCUGGCCCCCCUCCCGUUAUAACUUAUUUUGAAAUGUCAAAUCUCGGAAGAGCUAAGGAAGUACAGCCUUGCUUCGCGCUGACUGUCCGACUGGUCAGUCACACACUGGAGUACCUUCAUUCCUCAAUCCUCCCUCGACGACCCCGGGGUGUUUUUCCUACAUGCUCUUCCCUCUGCUGACAUCUCACACAUCUCACUCCCAGUCUGGCUGAUUCUUACUUCAGGCCUCACCUUCUCUGGGAAAGUCUAUCACUCCCGAGAUCAGGCUUUCCAGGCAGGAGAGCUAGAGGUCAGGAACAGAAGAACCUUUUUCCGGCGCCGCCGCGGUCGGCUGGAGGUAAGGACCGUGGUCCUUCGCGCAAGAGGCGUGGCUAGAGAGCGGAAGUACUUGGACCCCGGAAGUGCCUUUCCCCGGUGCUGUAGCGGGCGGGGGGAGAAACCUUGGAGUAAGAAUGGCUUUGAAAGGGGAGAACAAGCGGAAGAGAAGUGCGGAGAGGGGGGAGGACCCGUACUGUGUCCCCGGCCCGGACUCGGCUGGAGACUACCUGAUAGGACAGGUCGCCAAGAGCUUGCUGUGCGGCCGGCGCCCUCCUGGAGCCAGCACGGGGCGGCUGGCCUCCCUCUUCAGCUCUCCGGUACCACAAGUUCGACCCAUCUACGUGCCUGUGUCUCAGGCAUCUCUGAUUCAGAGGCCACUUUUGGAAGAGCGUGUCCAAAAAGUGAAGGUCAAAAAGAAACUUUCUGAUGCAGACAAGAAGUUGGCAAGCAGGGAAAGUGCUUUAGCAAGUGCUGAUUUAGAAGAAGAAAUUCUCCAAAAAGAAGGACAAAAAGGGAAAAAUUCUCAAUCUAGUGUUAAUGUAGCAGGUAAAAAAGUACUUGAUGAUAUAGAUCACAACUUUGAUGGAAGUCAAAGAAAGAAAAUCCCAAUCAACCAAGAAGAAGAGAGAUUAAAAAAUGAGAGGACUGUGUUUGUUGGGAAUUUGCCUGUGUCAUGUAAUAAGAAGAAGCUGAAGUCAUUUUUUAAAGAGUAUGGACAAAUAGAAUCUGUACGAUUUCGUUCUUUGAUUCCAGCAGAGGGAACUGUAUCCAAAAAGUUGGCAGCGAUCAAACGUAAAAUUCAUCCUGAUCAGAAAAACAUUAAUGCUUAUGUUGUGUUUAAGGAUGAGAGUGCUGCUACGAAAGCACUGAAAAGAAAUGGGGCCCAGAUUGCAGAUGGAUUUCGUAUUCGAGUUGAUCUUGCAUCUGAGACCUCAUCUAGGGAUAAGAGAUCAGUGUUUGUUGGAAAUCUCCCUUACAAAGUUGAAGAAACUGCUGUGGAAGAACACUUUCUGGACUGUGGCAGUAUCGUGGCAGUGAGGAUUGUGAGAGACCCAGUUACAGGAGUUGGCAAAGGGUUUGGCUACGUGCUUUUUGAGAACACAGAUGCUGUUCACCUUGCUCUGAAAUUAAAUAAUUCUGAACUAAUGGGAAGAAAACUCAGAGUCAUGCGCUCUAUUAAUAAAGAAAAAUUAAAACAACAAAAUUCAAAUCCAGGUUUGAAGAAUGUCAGUAAAUCCAAGCAGAGACUUAAUUUUGCUUCCAAAGAUGCAGGACAGCCUAACAGUGUAUUUAUUGGAGAAAAAGCUAUUCUUGUUAAGAAGAAGAAGAAGAAAGGGCAAAAAAAGAGUGGACAAACUAAGAAUCUGAGAAAACAGAAGUAACUGUCAGAAGCUGCUUGCUUUUCUUCCCAUGAGGUCUGCCAACCUAAGUGUGGUGAAUUCAUGGACUGAGCAUCACAAUUUUUUAUGGAUUGUGUAUGUGAGACUUGUACAACCUUAUUUACAUUGUAAUCCCUUCAAAGCAUUUGUUUUUUAAUGCAGACAGCUUAGUUCAUGGAGUAUGUGUUACUACUAAUGGUAUAAGAAAUUAUUUUUAUUAGGCCUGGGUCAACAUUUUGAAUUUUAAUGAUUGACUCUAUGUUAGAAAUAGAUAACAGGUGCUUCAGAGAGUUAUUUCAAAAAUAUUUUUUUUUGUCUGUUUCUCAUUAUUUGUCUAUUUGUUUUCCUGAGAAACUGUCUUGUAGAU